GGGAAAUGAGGAACUGGGACGAGCACUGAUUGAGAAUUUAUGUUCUUGUCCCGUCUUUUCUUCAUCUUCAAUAUGUGAUCGUACUCUCGUAUAGAAGUCGACAAAUCGACUCGUAAUGCAAUUCGGUUCGUAUAACCGGUCGCAAUCGGGCAGGUGAUCUGCACGGAUCGGCCGGAAACUUGGCCCCCCUUGGGAAACCCUUCAGUCUCACUCAAGUCCCAGUCCCAGCCUUUUCUCUUCCUCCACUUCUUCACUUUUGCCUUACCUCCAUACACCCUCCUUUGUCGUUUCCCUCGCCUGCCACAUUCUUCGGCCAUUUCGGUCAUUGCCAUCAUGGGAUUCUCAUCCCGGUAUCUCCGCAUUCCGCGGCCAGAGUCCUUUCUCUAUGUGAUGAGCCUGGAGACCGGCGCAUCAUUGAUCACCCUGUCGCUAUUGCUCAACAAGAUCAGUGGUCUGUAUGGCUUGCUCGCCCUGUUGACGGGCUACCACCUGUCUCCCGUGCAGCUAUCCAUGUACCUUUACUCCCUCAUCGCCCUUGCCCUCGCUGCUCUGCUCUUCCCACACAUUCGCAAACAAUCUCCUUUCGAGUGUCUCGCCCUGGCCUGGCUUUACUUGCUCGACAGUCUUAUUAAUGCCGCCUACACGGCAGCCUUCGGUGUGACCUGGUUCCUCGUCGUAUCUCAGCAUUACGACAGUGGCAAGGUGUCCGGCCCAGGCAGUGAAACGAUCGCGGAAACCGCCGGCUUCACCAGUCCCAAGUACGAUGCCGCCUAUGUUGAAAUUCAGAACACCAAGGACGGUAACAACUUUAUCGCCCACCCCCCUCGCAGCGCCGACCACAUCGGCAAUGCCGUCUACCAGCCCGAGAGCUUCCAAAGCAUCGUCUUCAUCUGCCUGUUGUGGGUGAUACGCAUCUACUUUGUCCUGGUGAUGCUCGCUUUCGCUCGUCAGACCCUUCGCCUCUGGGUCGUCACUCCUCGCCACACCCAACUUCCCACCCACAGCCGCAACGUCUCGGUCGCAAGCGUCGCCGAUAUCGACCGGGAGCCGUUCUCGGUGACCAGCCCCGAGGGCCAGGGUUGGAAAGGCAAAGUUGGCCGUAUUAUGGUCGGCAUCGGUCGCAGCUACUGGCUUGGCGAGGAGGAAGAGGGCAACUGGCUGGGCAAUUUGGGUCAAAAAUUCCGAAACCGCAGCACCAACAACACCGAGCUUCCCGGUCCUCUGGAGCGUGAACGCAGACGUCGCUCGGGAACCGGUCCUCCUCAACCACCCCAAUCGAUCAUCCGGGGCGCUACGGUGCAACCAACCAUCCACGAGCAUGUUCCGGGCAUGAAUGUCAAGAUGCAGGACUGGACUGAGCCUCGUUAAUUGAUCAUCCGAAAUAGCAUAUUCGUCUAUUGGGAUGUCGUUGCAUGGGCGCAAAUCUUUGUACCAUGGGGACUCCCUCUUUUCCUGUCAAAUCUUACAGUCGCUCCCGCCUUAAACCCCCGGACCCGCCCUCGGUCUUCCAUGCUGGUUCAGUUGACCGCACGAGACUAUCUGUCAACUUCCAACAAACGAAUCAGAUUUGCCGAUCUAUUUCGUCAACCCACCUGUCUUCAUUCCGCGGAGAAACAAUCGCUAGAACCUCCGCCGGAUGAUCCGUCGAUGCACCAGGAGAUAAAGUCCCCGCCGCAUUCUUGUCUCCAACUCAAUCAUACAAAAUUCAUGAGAAUUUUUCCGUCAAAAUGCUCGACCGUGCCUCGAGCGCCCUCCUCCGUCCUUGAUGUCGGUGGUCACGACUUACGGCGUUUCGGUUUUAGGGAGUUGUGGUAAUAUUUGGGACGAUUGGGCUACGAUCGGGAUUUGGGACUUGCUGGUCCUAGCUCUUGAUUUGCAUUUUUCUUUUUUUGGCGUUCGGAUCAUGUACGGAGUACACUGACCUGAUAUGGAAGUGGGUCUAUACACGGGCGCCUUGGGUGACGAACAUUUCACAGCAUCUCUAUAUGUCUGGACAGAGAUCCAAAGAUUUCAUAUUGCACACUGCAAGUACCAUAGCUAUAUACCAUACAAUCCAUGCACAUCCUCUCAUGACUAUGGCUAUCAUAUCAUUCUUACCGACUGCAACGUCCACUGUAUAACCAUAACCCUUCCCCUCCUCCCUGCUGUCCAUUUUACAUAUGAUAAAUACA